GCGCGCGUGCUCGAAGCCAAAGAGCAUCUGCUUCAAAGCGGUCCGCGCACGCGCAGGAGGAAAAGAUGCAGCCUGUGUUCAGACAACAGCCGCGGCUCUGAGGAGGAGACACAACCGGCGUGGACCCGAGUGGACGCGGCGGCACCGACACCAGGACCUCACCGGGGACCGGAGCGACCAGAGUCCGGGCUGCAGCUCCCUCCGGGCCGGACCGAACCUCCUCCUUCUUCCCCAGCGCUCCGACUGAGCGGUUCCCCCUGGGAGUGAAGAGGAGGGAGGAUGAAGAAAAGCAACCAAAGCAGACGGGGCUUCCAGGACUCCGGUCCGCUCGCCGUCCAGCAGCCGGAGAAGGCGGGUUGGAUCAGGAAGUUCUGCGGUCGAGGGAUUUUCAGGGAGCUGUGGCGGAGCCGGUACCUGGUGCUGAAAGGAGAUCACCUCUACAUCUCAGACAAGGAGGUUAAAGACGAGCGUAAAGCCCAGGAAGUGUUUGACCUGGCUGAUUACGAGCGUUCAGAGGAGCUGAGGAAGGCGAAGAGUCGGAGCAAGAAGAACCACAGUCGCUUCACGUUGCUGCGCUGCAAGCAGCGAGGAAACACAGUUCCUAACCUGGUGUUUCUGGCUGUGAGUCCGGAGGAGAAGGAGUCCUGGAUCAACAUGCUGAAUGUGGCUGUAAUCAAGGCUAAGAACAGAGUUCUCGAUGAGGUGACCAUUGAGGAGGACAGCGCUCUGGAUCAUCUGACCAGAGAUCGGGCGAAGAUCCCUCACAGCCGCCGGCUGCCGACCAGAGGACACCUCAUGGCCGUGGCCUCCACCUCCUCCCACGGCAUGCUGACCCUUGACCUGGUUGCCGAGGAGGACGGUUUCUGCCUCGAAUAUGACGACGACGAAUCCUGGGAGGACAGCUUCCGAGUCGACCUGCAGAAAGAUGACUCUGGAGGCGGGGUCGGGGGUCGUCAGCGGGCGGGAACCGACGUCUCGAAGCUGCGGGUGACGACUAAAGAGCCCAAAGUGAAGACAGGGAGCCUACCGAGAGGCAGCGAGCGCUCCUGGGGCAAACAGCCUCACCUGGACGCCUCGAAAGUCCAAAAGAACCAGCAAGUCCAGGUCCUUCAGGCCCAGUCUCGAACGCCGCAGCCAGGGAAGAGGUUCAGCAUGCAGGGGCGGAGUCGCUGCGCCUCCAUGGAUGAAGUCCUGUCCUCCAGACCAGCAAUGAUUCGGUCAGAGUUUCGUUCGGCUCUUCGUCGCUGUCCGACCGAAGAGGAGGCGGGCAGCGGCUCUUCCGCCCAGCCUGUCGGCCAGCUGCAGAGCCUCAUCGCCCAGAGGAUGCAGAGAGCCCAGGAGCUGCUGGAGGAAAUGAGGCUGCAGGAGCUGCAGAAGGCCAAAGCGGAGAGAGAACGAGGCGGCAGCUCAACGUACCUGAAGGGGAUCAACUCCCCUCGGCUUCACCACCUCAAGGGCUCAGACUCUCCACACUCCAGUAGAUCGUCGGGGUCUCCGAGGAGCAGGAGCAGCGACUCGCCUCGCCUCCGGGGCAAAGACUCGCCUCGCCUCAGAGGAAGAGAGUCUCCUCGAUCCAAAGCCAAGAAGAACCGCUCCAAAGCUGCCGACUCGCCUCGCUCCAGAGGGUCUCACUCUCCUGCAGCUAAAGUUGCCGAAUCCCCUCACCUGAAGGAGCCGAGUGGCUCUCCUCGAUCAAAGAGCUCCGACGCUCCAAAACUGAAGGGGUCAUUGGGUUCCAGCUCCAACAGAAAGGAUCAUUCUCCUCCACAGAAGACUCCCGAGACGCCGCCAUGUUUGAAUAGAUCCAACUCCUGUCAGGCGGAGGGAUCCGGUUCGUUGCAGGGCAGCGAAACUGACUCCCCUCAUCUGGGCAUCAUUAAGGAGAACCAGCAGAACCAAAACUCCCCAGGUCUGCGCAGAUCCUUCGACUCCGCCCUGCCCAAAACCCCCGACAAACUCCGCCUUUCUCCUCCGACUCCGGAGCAGCCCGGAGAGGAUCAGGAGGUGGAGAGGCGGCGCGCCGAGGCCGAGCGGCUGCUGGAGGAGGCGGUGUCGUCCUGGAAAGAGGCGCAGGAGGUCCUGCAGGAGGUGAAGGAGCUGCAGAGCCAGACGCUGAGGCGGCAGCGCAGGAGGACCUACGAGAAGAUGACGACGGCAGCGGCGGCGGCUUUGCAGCCCGCGGCAACCGCAGCCGGAGAGGAGGACGACACUCCGACCUCCCCGACGUCACCGGAGGACGACGAGGAGUCCGAGACGCCAUGACGAGAACAAACAUCCGGCAGCGCUGCUCUGCAUGCUUACACUGCAAAAAAACUAAAUCUCACCAAAUUGUUUUGGUCUAGUUUCUAGUGCAAAAACCUUAGUGCUCUUUAAAUAAGACAAAACUAACUUAAAUGUAACAUUUCUGCUAGAAAUAGAGGCUUGUUUUAAGUAAAUAAUUCCUUAUAGUUGACCUACUAUGCUUCUUUGAACAGAAUAGGAUAGAUCUAUGGGUUAUACAAAAAGUUCAUUACAUGUUUUGCAUAAAAUAAUUAUCAGAUAAUUAGAUUUCAGAGUGGUAAGUUUAGCCUAGUUAGAGUUCCUUUCAGUUGUUUCAGGGAAUUUUGUCACUUUAAAUCCCAAUAAGCUGCUGCUGGCCACGCCCCCAAAUCAGUGUUUACAUUCUCACUUUAAAAUGGCUGCAAACAGAUACGCAACCAUACAGCUUUGAAAAGCAGAAGUAGAGCCUCCUGCACAACCAACAAGAACGCAGCAAGUGGUUUCUGGAUGGUAAGUGAAGAACAAAACACUUGUCUAUUCCAGCAGCCAUUGUACAGCACAUAGAGCAAUAAGAACAGCAGACUAAACAUCCUUGACCUCAGAUUGAGUUGCUAAGCAACAAGCAGUGAUCGCUGAUUUGUGAGGUUACAUUUGGAAAUUUUUUGAAAUUACUCAUUUUCCAGUCACCAGAAAUCACUAUUUUUUUAAGCACUUUGGCUGUUUUUAAAAACAGUAAAUAUCCAAAUUUAAGUAAAAAAAAUACGUCCCCCUUAAUAUUAACAAAAAAAGUACUAAUUCCACUGAUUAUUUAACUUAUAACAAGACAUUUUCCUACGUUAUCAGUAAAAAUAAUCUGCCAGUUGAACUAGAACUUUUCUAUCAAUAUUAUGGAAUUAGUUACAUAAAAAAGCUCCUAUUUCUUGCUGAAAAGUUACUUGUAAUUUAGUUUUGUCUUAUUUCAAGUGUAAGAAGAUAUUUGCUCUAGAAACUGCACCAAAAAUACUUGGUAAGAUUUUCUGUGUUUGCACUGUAUGCACAAAAAACUAACAACGUUUACACAAUUUUUACAUUGUUGAUCGUAUUUCCCAAAACAUUUCCAAAUUUUCAUUGAUUAAGGCAACAAGAUGCACGUGACGAUAAAUGGAUUAUUUAAAAACCAGGGAUACGUUUCGUUCCAGGGGAUUUAUUGACUUUAAUCCUGUCUGGCGCUCCGUCGUCACCAAGCAGAAACCCCCUCUCUGCUGUCAGGAGACCUCCAUCUGUGGCGAGAGCUCCACAUUUAAUUUUAAUUAAUGCAGCUUUAAUGGAGAGGAGCUCCUCUUCACCUUCUCUCACGAUGCUGCACGGCUUCCUUUGUCUCUGAAGAGAAAAUCCUCUCCGUUCAUUUUAAAACCAAGAUGUCAAACCUUUUUAUGACAGUCAAUGAAGAGCACAAAAUGACUUGUUUUUAAAGAAACGAAAUGAACUUCCGAUUUCUGCACUGAUUUAAAACUUUAACCUGCUUGUUUGCUGAUAUAUCACUGAAUCUUCUUUGUAGCAUUUCUUUCAAAAAACGUUUUUGACAUCACUUGAUCGCCCUAUUUAGUUGUAGCUUAAAGGUGACCUAUUAUGCUUGCUUGAACAGUUUAGGAUAGUUUUAUAGCUAAAACCAGCUAACCAAUCGUCCUGGAGCUCCACUUGGGUUGCUAGGUGAUGGGUGGAACUCGGCUGUGGUUGCUAGGUAACGGCGCAGUGCCCAUGGAAUGUGGCUCAACAAUAGAAAGAUUUUUGAAACGGCUCUUUUGCCAAAUACCAAAAGACAUUAACUUCUUACCAGAAAAUGGCUUGGUGGUUUUUUUUAAGCGCUUGGUGUUUUUUAGCAGAAAGCCAAAUGGAAGUAUAAAAAUGUAUAAUAGGUCUCCUUUAAUGAGCAGCAGAUCUGCUGAAGUUUCCUUCCAGCUUAUUAUUGAUUUUCACAUAAUCUCAGUCUUUUCAAGCUACAUCCAAAAUCAGGGAGUUUGAAGUUGUAAAAGAUGAGCAAAAAAAAAAAGAAGAAAAGAAGCAAUAAUUGAUUUUUGUAUUAUUAUUUGUUUGUAAUUUCAGGCUGAAAAAAAGCCGCAGACCAGCUCAGAUAUUAUAAACUCUGCACUAUGAACUGAACUUCUUUGUAACAAUAUUGCUGCAACCAGCUUUUACUGUAUGAUUGAAAUCAGGAUUUUAUUUGCACAUUUGCUGAAUAUUUGAGGCUGAUAGUUGACUUUUUAUUAAAUCCUCACAUAAUGUUAGAUUUUUUUUUAGAAUUAAUUUGUUCCUUUAAAUUAUUUCCCAUCAGAACAUUAACAAAUGUGCUUCUGUUAUAUAAAAGAUCAUCCAUUAGAUUUCGAUAUCAAGAAAAAUCAACUGAGUAGACACGAAAUCUUGUAUCAUAAAGAUACUUUCAAGAAAUUUCAAAAAUCUUAUGAUUAUGCAACUCAUUACUACUGAAAACUAACUAUGACGCUUGAACUAUUAUGUCACAAUUUUAAAUGUUACACUAUUGAUAUUUAAUAACGCUUGUUUAGGGAUGGAAAACUGGGUUGUCUACUAGUUCUCAAUUUUUUCCUUCUGAAUAAUAAGGUAUUUUCAUACUUCAUUUGUAAUUUUUAUGAUGCAGUUGAAGUUAACCCGUCUAUAAACCACCCACGGAAAUUUUCAAAAACGUAGAGGCCUUGGCGACAUGAAAACAAUCUUUAUAUUUGUUGAUGUUUCGAAAAACGGUUGUUGUCUACGCUGUUGUUUCCAGAUGUUUCUUCAUUCACACAAAAACUCUGAAUAUUACACAAAAUGCUGUAGUAACUACUCCAGGCCUGUGUGUGGCGCUGUGACGCCACCGCAGAAAUACACCAAAGCAGAGAAGAAAGUGUCGUUCAGUUAACUUGGCUACAACGUCAAAAAACAACUCAUAAAACAUGGUUAUAGCUGCACUAAAAGAUCAUUUUCGCACAUGAAAUGUUGCAUUAAAGCCAGUUCACAAACCAGAAACAAUAAAAAAAAAUACAUGUAUGUUUUUUAUGGUUGCAUGUAGACGGCACCAAAAACAGGCAACAUUAGCAACGGUUAGCUAGCUAGCUCAAAUCAUCCGUUCGAUUGAAACUUUAGCUAGCUUGCUAGCUAACGGCCAUUAAUCACACGAGGGCCGCUUCACAUGAAUUUUAUUUAGCUGUUACAACAUUGAUCAAACACUUAUCCUAAAAGGACGAAUUGAAAAAUGUCAGCUAAUAUACAAUUUGGCUAAAUAACUACUAUUCCUGAUCACUUCUUGAUUAUUUAAUGAUACAAUCAAUAAGUCAAAUAAAUCUGAACGUACAUUUUACAAAUUUACAGCAGAAUAAAUGCCACAACUUUAAAAGUUCAGUUUUCAUUGGGAACAUGAAGGAUGUUAAGAGCUGCUAACGUUCUGUUAAGAUUGAAUAUUGUCUCUGUAAAAAGUCAAAUUUUGUAAGAUAUAACUUUCUUAUUUAAGUUUGCAGUGUUGCAAUGUUUGAAAAAGAUUUUCUCCAGUUUGUGAGUUUUUGCACAUUUGUCAUAAAUACUGAGAGCAUGGAUAAAAAAGCACUGAUGCUGACAGAGCUAAAUCACAUUGUGAGUUAUCUGUACUGUGAGAUUUUGAGGGGACGUGAAACAACUGCAUUCAUUUGUAAUUUAUUUAUAUGUUUAUGCACAUUGAAAAAAAAGCAUUUUCUAGGCAGAAUCCAAUGCUGUAAUCACUGUUUAUAUAGAAAUAUGAGUUCCUGCGUGGUUUGCUGAUUUUACUUGACUUCAGAUAUACUGUAUCUGUUCAUGUUUUUUAUGCAUUGUGGGAGCACCAAAACAAAAACACUGCUGAUUUUCUGUGCAACUACUGCUAAUGCAAACUAUAAUAAGCUAAACUACUGGUAAGGUGAGCAGCUUCCCCUGCUUUGUUUUGCUUUAGGUUAGUUUCAACACCAUGACGGGUUUAUAGAAAACUUCUGAGUCAAACUGACUCAAAGCAGGUCGAUUCAUCUCACCUUAUCAGCUGAUGAUUUUUAUUUCUUGUUUAAAUAACAAUAUAAAAAAACAAGGUUGUUGGACUAUUAUGUGGAUGGUGAUGUAUGUAUAUGCAUUUUGCAUUAACUUGUAUGAACUUACAAAUACACAAUGCAACUGCAAAGUUGUGAAAUAAAAUAAAGAAGACUUUGACAUUUAAUUAAAUGAUGCCAAAAUUCA